CACUGGUAGGUUAACCUUGGAGCACGCCAACACCGGAUCCUCUGUCCACAGACACCCCGCGCUCCCACUGGCCCCUCGUCCCGUGGCCAAUGUGAAGUUGCCGUGUAAACACUCGACAGCUGCAGACAGCGGCAGCGCUCUCGAUCACGCGCCCCGCUAUAAAUACUUGCCGCUAACUUUAGCCGCAUCUGCGCAGACGGCCACCUGACCAUCGCGCGAGUGCGUUAAGACCGGCUUGCAUCUGCGAGGGCAACACAGUUUCCAGUAUGACCGCCCAGGGUGCGGGCGCGAUGAAGUCGCUGCGGUUCGCGAGCGCUCGGGUGCUGCUGCGACACGAAACGGACGCUCGUCUCGUACUGCCGCAGGUGUCGCACGAUCUCUACCCUCUCCUCUUCAAGGUGUCCUUCCUGGAGGAGCAACCGGAAGCAUUGCGCCUCAUCGUGCGCCACUGGCCGCUGCCGAUACUGAGCGUGGGCCAGCUGCUGGGCCGCACGCCCGACUGGGAACAGGACCUGCGCCGGCGCACGUGCCGCCUGUGCCUGCAGGCGCUGCUGGCCGGCCUCUGCGACCACGUGCGGGACGACCGGAGCGGCCCCGCGGCGACUCCGGUGCGCUACGGGAGACCGUUGCGCCUCGUCGACCUCACGGGGCUGCGCGACUCGGAGACGCAGGAGUGCGAGUGCGGCGCCGGCAUGGGCCGCUGGGCUCGCACGGAGGCCCUGGCGCGGGCGUGCGUGGAGGCUCGACAGGAGGAGCUGGAGGCGGGCGCCGCGGCUCGACGCGUCGACGUGCUGGCCAGCGCGUUCGUGACGCAGCGCAACUACGGCGUCGUGAUGGACGCCCUGCGAGCGCGCGGCACGGGGCCGCUGGCGCUCCGGUGCAUGGAGCUCCGAGCCGACAGCCUGCCGUGCGACAAGAUUUUCGAUCUGCUUGGCGCGGUCGACCUGCCCGUGCUGCGUCGUCUGGACUUGGUCCACAACGUGCGGAUGAGCCCGGGCCAGCUCGAGGAUCUGCUCAUGGACUUCCCGAUGCCGGCCCUGCGCGCCAUCACCUUCCCGACGCGCGUCGUCGACGUGAACCUCCACGAGGCGGACGACCCUCACCUUGACGCGCUGGCGCUCGGCCUGGCUGGCCUGCCGCUCCUGCAGGAGCUCAACCUGCCCUUCUCCAUUCUCACGGGACACCUGCGCCAGCUGCUCAGCGCCCUGCAGGCCCCGCUGCGCGUGCUCGACCUGUCGGGGUGCGAGCUCAACCACGUCGACCUGGCGUAUCUGGCCAACAGCGAGCACGCCGUGGCUCUCGAGGACCUCGACCUGAGCGGCCACAGCCUCCCGGCCCUCUACCCGGCCACCUUCUUCAAGCUGCUGCACCGCGCGGCGCUCACGCUGCGCUCGCUGCGCCUCGAGGAGUGCGACGUGCGCGACCGGCACGUCGCUCUCGUCCUCGUCGCGCUCGGCCCCUGCCAGCGCCUGCAGCGCCUCGCCCUCAUGGGCAACCCCAUCUCGCGCCUGGGCCUCAGGCGGCUGUUCGCGUGGCUCGCCGGCUACCCGACGCUCCGCGUCAUCGAGUACCCGGUGCCCACCGACUGCUUCCCGGCGGGCACCGAGUUCCCGCCGUCGGACGAGGCCCUCGAGGCGCACGACCAGCAGAAGCUGCGCGAGGUGCAGGGGGAGCUGGAGGCCAUCCUGGUCGAGGCCAAGCGCGGGGACAUCGCCACGUCGGCGCCGCUCUACGGCAGCUUCGACUCGGACGUCCGCGAGACGGGCGCGGAGGUGGGCGCCUUCAUGAUCAGCGCCUUCCAGAGCUCCCUGCAGGGCUUCCUUGACUCGCUCAAGAGAUAGGGUGGGGGCGCGGCGAUGGGAGAUGCGGAUCGGGGGCCCACGGAGCUGGCGGGCCGAGUUUGGAGGGUGCCCAUGAGCCUGGAUAGUUGCUCGGACGUGCGGCCAUCGCGCACCACCGACAGGGAGCUGCAGGCUGCUGCGGAGGCUACGUCGUGGGCAGCAGAGGGGGCGGUGCGGCAGAAUCCGUCGUUGUACUGCACUUCUGUGUGCCUGCAUCUCUGCUCCCCGCCUUGGCCAACCCGCGCUGACCAGCGUAUGGUCAAGUGAUGCCCAUGAGCCGUACGGUGCGGGGAAGCCCUCAUCCAGCAGUGGAUUGGCAGAAAGGCUUUGCAUGCAGAGUCCAUGCAAACGGCGGCAGCAGCAGCAGCAGCAGCCGUGGGUUUUCUGCCUGCAGCUGUGCUUGUGCGGAAAUGAGAUGUAAUGAAAAUGAAAUCUGCGAGUGCUGUAAAUGUUCACUUGACUUGUCAUGGUGUUGAUGGUGAAGGUGUUCAUUUUAAAAAAAAAACUGUAUAUUUGAUGGAUUAGGAUUCUGAUGGAUGGGUAUUAGUGCUGAUCUACCCGUGAUAUACUUGGGUUAGAGUUAAGGGUUUUUGUUGACCAAGGUUACAAGAAUACACAUUUAUAAUAUAAGUUUUUGGAGAUGAUUACACAUGUGGUUGGUUACCAACGAGAAUCUUGAUGCAAGGAGAUUGAUGAUGAUGAUUUCUACCAGGUGCACUUUAUAUUUGUUAAUACUUUUGUAGGAUGUAAAUAGGUUUCAACGUAAUGUUUUUGCAUUGUAGUCACUGCGAUUUGGUUGCUGCCCGUGGCAUCAUGGUUUGCAACACUGGACUUGCGAUCCAGGGUGCACCGGUUAGACUCCCAUCUCCCGGCACAGAAGCUAUAACAAUGGUGCAAGUAUCUUAAAUCCCCCCGUCUCGAUCCAUCCGACAGUAUAAAUGGACGCACCACAGAGAAACGAUCGGUAGGUCGUGUGUGGUACGGUAAAGUGUGGGUACUCCCAACUCUUACAAAACGCCUGGCCAGGAUGGAAGAGUAGGCCAAAUACCCUCUGGAGGGGCACUCUAUUGCUCCUUCUAGUGGAGGCCUUGCCACCAGCGCUGGCACGAAUAUGAAAUUGCAGGGGUGCAUCUUUACCUUUUUACUUAUCGGCGUUGGGAUUGCCCUGUAGAUGUGAAACUCGGACAACCCAGGUGUGCGUUCCUCACACGAGGCCAAUGGUGAAGGGCCAUGCCUCGCCACGCACGCUACGAUGGCUACAAUGCGACCCUGUGACCCAGGUUGCUUCACAUCACUUUCGUUUUAUUUCAUUAACACCUGCGAUCGGCAAUUGUGCCGACGCUGAUAUACGAACACCGAGUGAAAAUUAGAAAACCAACACGGCAAGGUGAAGCUAAUUCGCUGUGCCGUAAGAGACGGAGAUGGGUAUCUCUGUAAAAUAAACAUUUACAGAUGGCAAAUGUCUCGAUUGCGAGGUCUUACAUCGGUUCACUCGCCUUGGUGGCACUUAUUCAGAUCAAAGAGUUUUGCAAGAGAGUCUCAAAACGACUGGGACUGGUCUACGGGGUAAUAGAUUUCGUUUGUUCGGUGUUUGGCAAGAUGGUUUUCCCAGUAGGAGGACAAAGUUCCGAUGUUUUCAAGGUUCUUGUCCUUCCCCGCUCAAGAGGAUCACUGGGGGCAUGACUGAACUCCUUUGUAAACAACACAAUAAUAAUUUCAACUUUAUAAUACGCCCCACAGUAUUCAGUCAGCAAAGUAGACGUGUAAUAACUCAGAGGCACGAAGAACCACAGCAAGAGGGGAGUGACGUGAUGGACCAGUUCCAAUAAUUUCCCAAACUUUCAGUCCUCUGUAUAUGAAGGAGUGUAUUGGCCAAUUAAUGAGCGUUAACAGGUGUCUUCUCUAAUCUUCCUCCAAAAUGAAGCCAAGCUCUAGUUGAUGGAAUUUACUAAAUAUCCCAAUGUACCAGGGCCCUCUUGAUAAUAAGUCCUGAGGCUCGGUGAGAUGUCCUGGGUAAACAGUUGGCAUUAUCAUAUUAGCGACUAAAUCACAUGCUCAUUUAGGAUGAAACCAUUUAUUUUUGCAAACCAUAAAACAUUACAGAAUGUAAACUUAACAAAAAGAAUAUAAGCGUUGCCUAAAUACCAUGCCCCUUUAAUUUUACACUUUCAUCCCAAAAGUAUUUGCUCGUAGCUUCUUACACCUCGACCGUAAUAGCGAGUUCAGUCCCCGGUUCGGCCCAAAAGUCCCCAUAACACAAAGCGAGCCCCGAGCGCCCCUGGGCCUCGCUGCACACGGCCCAGCCCAGUCCACUAUGGCACCUCGGUUAGCAGCUCCCCAAACAACGGGACGCGUUUUUUUUUUUUGGCAAUGAGAGGUUCACAACGGCCAGCAGCCGCCACUCGCAACAUGAACCACCCUCAACCCCUCCCCGUGCCGGUGAAACAGAGCCACGCGGCAUCACUUGCUUCGGCUCGUGACACUUGGGCACACGGCCACACGCGGAGGGCGCUGACGCGUUUCGGUGCUUUGGUUUGGACGUUGGCUGAUCAACACCUCCAGUUUGUUUUUGCAAACUCUUAGAUCCUCUGUGAACCGUCUGUGAUCUCUAGAUCCUCUACCUUAUACACUUUCACCACGAGCACACACGAGCCCCGCCAUCACGGGGCCUUCACGGUGCACGUGGUGUUCCACUGGCUAUUUGCAGAGCCAAGACGAACCCAAAUCUGUGAUACGCCAGCAUCGCGAAGACCUCCGAAUCUAACUUGGGGGGGGGGGGGGCACGGCAAGGCCAUGGGCAGAGCUAACGACAUGUUUGUUGUAUGCGAUGUCAGUCGGUACACUGUGAGGAAACGGCGUCGCCACGGCAUUUGCGUGCAACUCUCGACUCGCUCGUCGUGUGCGACGUCAGCGGCUCGGCUCUGCAGUGG